AUGAAGAUCAUUACUUGGAAUUGUAGGGGCAUCGCCGAUGGUCGAGCUCGCAAGCAUGUCAAACAACUCCUGAACUCGACAAAAGCCGACAUCCUUUGCCUUCUAGAAAUCCGCUCUCCCAAAGCGGACCGUAUGAUUAAUAUGAUUUAUAGUCUUGGUUUUACUAACCACUUCAUUGUGGACCCUAUAGGUUUUGCAGGUGGGUUUCUACUUCUAUGGAAUCAGGGUCGGGUGAAGAUUAAUAUGGUUGGUCAUUCUUCUCAGGCUAUUCAUACCAAGAUAUGUCUGGAACCAAAUGAUUGCUUUGUCACCUUCUCACAUGUUAGACCAAAUCCUUUGGCCAAAAAUGAUCAGUGGGGUAGCGUGGACACUAAUAACCGCAAUAUGGAAAGAUUUGUGGAUGCCUAUAACGCUUGUGGUCUAAUUGAUCUGGAUAACUUUCCAGAGGCUAAAGUGGUGGUUCUACCGCGACUUCAUUCGGACCAUAGUCCUAUAAUGUUCAUGGACGAGGCGGGGAGACCACCGGCUAAACACCUUCGACCUAAUCGGUUUGAGGCGGCCUGGCUUGCCAAACCUGACUACGAGGACAUUUGGAAAGAUGCAACUAGGAACAUGCAUGAUAAUAUAGAGGUUAUGAUUGAGAAGAUUUCGAAAAAUAGUCUCCUAUGGAAUAAGAAGGUGUUUGGCAAUAUCUUCCAUCGUAAAAGACACCUUGAAGAAAAGAUCAAGAAAAUUCAAAUGAAUUCCAAUUAUCAGUCCUCGAGAGAUCUCCAAAACCUCGAAAGGGAGCUUAUAAAUGAUUUGAACAAGAUUUUGGAUCAGGAAGAAACCCAUUGGUUUCAAAAAUCGAGACAAGAUUGGAUUAAAGAUGGUGAUAGGAACACUAGAUUUUAUCAUAAUGUGGCCUUGUCCAGAAGAAAUAAGAACCACAUAUUUCAAGUAGUGGGAUGGCGAGACUCCCGGUAUUUGGAAAGUGUUAGAAUCUCCACGUCCCAAGCUUCUAACCUUAUCCGCAGGGCCUACAGUGACGAAGUGAAAAAGCUUUUUUUUGGGAUGAAGAAAUUCGGAAGCCCAAGGCCGGACGGGAUUCAAGUAAUCUUCUAUCAACACUUCUGGGAAGAUGUUGGUCCAGCCCUGACCACCUUUGUUAAUCAAGCUCUUGGUAGUGGUUCAGUCCAUAAGUCUCUCCUCAAGGCCUUCGUGACCCUCAUCCCCAAAAAAGAUAUUCCGGAUUCGGAAACUGACUUCAAACCAAUCACCCUACUCAAUGUGGCGUUCAAAGUGAUCUCCAAAGUCAUCGUCAACAGAAUGAGACCUAUUAUGUGCAACAUCAUUGGUCUUCAUCAGAAUAGUUUUCUGCCAGGGCGGUCCACUCUGGAUAACAUUAUCCUCACUUAG